ACGAAACCCGGAAGUACCAGUUUUGUCCCUCAAGUAUUCCCGUAGAACUGGGGUCUACCACAUUUCUAUGUACAAGUAAGAAAACAAGAUCUCUCAAGGCGUAAUCCAUGCUUUCAGAUGAGCUUGACUCCAAACCCGAGCUGCUGGUUCAGUUUGUCCAGAACGCUUCCAUCCCUCUGGGGCAGGGUCUGGAGGACUCUGAUCCCAAACACACCUGCCUUCCCCUGCUGGCCCCUGCAGAUAGCUCCCUGUGCACACAGCUGGCCCUGACAGAGGGUGGUCUCAGCCAUGUGUCAACGAGGUCUCUGUCCCUGUCAGAGUUUGGGGGAGCAGUGCAGAGCCCCAUGGAGGUGCACCCCAACCCCCAUCCCCACAGCCCUCACACACCCCCCAGCCCAUCUCCUGUCCUCCAUGACCUGCAGCGGUCAGAGAGCAGCUCCUACGUCCUCCUCAACCUCGCCAAAGGCCUAGCAGCCUCCUCUGAGCCACUAAUCUUUUCAGCAGACGGGACAGAGGAGGAGGAAGAGGAGGUGAUCUCGUCCGGGGACUGUUGUGUGGAUGGCACUGCCCCCUGGUACCUGCGGGUACAGGAGUUGGCACACGACAGCCUCAUAGCAGCAACGCGUGCACAGCUAGCUAAAGAUGCCAAGGCUAGCCAGGACGCCAGGGCUGGGAAUGGCUGCAACAGUAAUGUCACUGACUUUAAUGGUGGUGACCACCUGCCCAGCUUCCCGUUGGAGGGUGUGAAGAGAGAGCAGCCGGCGAGGACCAAUCGUACGCUUUCGUCUAAACAGAACCUCCGCUGCUCCUUUGAGGGCUGCUAUAGAACCUUCACCUGGCCUGCUCACCUCAAAUACCACCUCAAAACACACAGGAACGACCGUAUGUUCCGGUGUGGGGCGGAGGGCUGUGGGAAAAGUUUCUACGUGCUGCAGCGUCUUCAGGUCCACAUGAGAACUCAUAACGGAGACAAGCCUUUUUUCUGCAAGGAGAAGAACUGUGGCAAGAAGUUCACCACUGCAGGAAACCUCAAGAACCACAAACGCACACACACAGGUGAGAAGCCUUUCCUGUGUGAAGCAGAUGGCUGUGGUCGUUCCUUUGCAGAGUACUCCAGUCUACGCAAACACAUGCUCGUACACUCAGGAGAGAAACCCCACCAGUGUGGUGUCUGUGGAAAGACGUUCUCUCAGAGCGGCAGCAGGAACGUCCACAUGAGGAAGAGACACGGAGAGGAGGUGCUGGGGAACGAGGGCAGAGAAACAGGCGAGGCUCUGACACACAGCAGUUUGCUGGAGGCUGACGGGUCACCUGACGACAAUAUGGUCACCAUGACUACGGGGGUGGAGCCCAUGAACGUACACCACGCCAUGCUGCGAGAACAAGGCCCCUUCGUUGCGACGUCCCCUGAAUGCCCAUCUGCUAGCUGCGGCCCGCUAGCUGUCUAGAGCAUUUUGGACUGUUAGCUGAAUAGAUCCAUUUGCCAAUUGGACUGGAACCCUCUGCUACACGGAACCCUACUAAUCCAUCAUGACUGGUCUAUUGACGGAACCGCACUAGGAGGCUAAAACAGACUUUCCUCCGUCGCGACAUUCCUCUAAGGCCCUUCUGCUAGCUUGUUAGCCCCGGCCUGCUAGCUGUCUGAAUCGCCCAGUCUCCAGCCAGCCCAACCAUUCACUGGACCCUUAUGAUCACUUGGCUACGCAUGCCUCUCCAUAAUGUCAAUAUGCCUUGUCCAUUACUGUUCUGGUUAGUGAUUAUUGUUUUAUUUCAUUGUCGAGCCUCUAGCCCUGCUCAAUAUGCCUUAACCAACCAUUUAGUUCCACCUCCCACAUAUGCGAUGACAUCACCUGGUUUCUAGAGACAAUAUCUCUCUCAUCACUCAAUGCCUAGGUUUACCUCCAAUGUACUCACAUCCUACCAUACCUUUGUCUGUACAUUAUGCCUUGAAUCUAUUCUAUCGCGCCCAGAAACCUGCUCCUUUUACUCUCUGUUCCGAACGUACUAGACGACCAGUUCUUAUAGCUUUUAGCCGUACCCUUAUCCUACUCCUUCUCUGUUCCUCUGGUGAUGUAGAGGUUAAUCCAGGACCUGCAGUGCCUAGCUCCACUCCUAUUCCCCAGGUGCUCUCAUUUGUUGACUUCUGUAACCGUAAAAGCCUUGGUUUCAUGCAUGUUAACAUUAGAAGCCUCCUCCCUAAGUUUGUUUUAUUCACUGCUUUAGCACACUCUGCCAACCCAGAUGUCUUAACCGUGUCUGAAUCCUGGCUUAGGAAGACCACCAAAAACCCUGAAAUGUCCAUCCCUAACUAUAACAUUUUCCUCCAAGAUAGAACUGCCAAAGGAGGCGGAGUUAGCCUGCAGAGUUCUGUCUUACUAUCCAGGUCUGUACCCAAGCAAUUUGAACUUCUACUUUUAAAAAUCCACCUUUCCAGAAACAAGUCUCUCACCGUUGCCGCUUGCUAUAGACCACCCUCUGCUCCCAGCUGUGCCCUGGACAUCAAAUGUGAACUGAUUGCCCCCCAUCUAUCUUCAGAGCUUGGGCUGCUAGGUGACCUAAACAUGGACAUGCUUAACACCCCGGCCAUCCUACAAUCUAAGCUUGAUGCCCUCAAUCUCACACAAAUGAUCAAUGAACCUACCAGGUACAAUCCCAAAUCCGUAAACACGGGCAACCUCAUAGAUAUCAUCCUAACCAACCUGCCCUCCAAAUACAUUUCUGCUGUUUUCAACCAAGAUCUCAGCGAUCACUGCCUGCAUCCGUAAUGGGUCUACGGUCAAACGACCACCCCUCAUCACUGUCAAAUUCUCCCUAAAACACUUCAGCGAGCAGGCCUUUCUAAUCGACCUGGCCGGGGUAACCUGGAAUGAUAUUGACCUCAUCCCGUCAAUAGAGGAUGCCUGGUUAUUCUUUAAAAGUGCCUUCCUCACCAUCUUAAAUAAGCAUGCUCCGUUCCAAAAAAAAUUGAACCAGGAACAGAUAUGGCCCUUGGUUCACUCCAGACCUGACUGCCUUUUGACCAGCACAAAAACAUCCUGUGGCGUACUGCAUUAGCAUCGAAUAGCCCCCGUGAUAUGCGACUUGUUAGGGACCAAUAUACACAGGCAGUUAGGAAAGCUAAGGCUAGCUUUUUCAAACAGAAAUUUGCAUCCUGUAACACAAACUCAAAAAAGUUCUGGGACACUGUAAAGUCCAUGGAGAAUAAGAGCAUCUCCUCCCAGCUGCCCACUGUACUGAGGCUAGGAAAGACUGUCACCACGGAUAAACCCACUAGAAUUGAGAAUUUCAAUAAGCAUUUUUCUACGGCUGGCCAUGCUUUCCACCUGGCUACCCCUACCCCGGUCACCUGCCCGGCACCCCCCACAGCUACUCGCCCAAGUCUCCCCCAUUUCUCCUUCACCCAAAUCCAGAUAGCUGAUGUUCUGAAAGCUGCAAAAUCUGGACCCCUACAAAUCAGCCGGGCUAGACAAUAUGAACCUUUUCUUUCUAAAAUGAUCUGCCUAAAUUGUUGCAACCCCUACUACUAGCCUGUUCAACCUCUCUUUUGCAUCGUCUGAGAUCCCAAAGAUUGGAAAGCUGCCAAGGUUAUCCCCCUCUCCAAAGGGAGAGACGCUCUAGACCCAAACUGCUACAGACCUAUAUCUAUCCUACCCUGCCUUUCUAAUGUCUUCGAAAGCCAAGUUAACAAACAGAUUACCGACCAUUUCGAAUCCCACCGUACCUUCUCCGCUAUGCAAUCUGGUUUCAAAGCUGGUUAUGGGUGCACCUCAGCCACGCUCAAGGUCCUAAACGAUAUCAUAACCGCCAUCGAUAAGAGACAUUACAGUGCAGCCGUAUUCAUCGACCUGGCCAAGGCUUUCGACCACAUUCUUAUCAAAUGACUGCCUCCCAUGGUUCACCAACUACUUCUCUGAUAGAGUUCUGUGUGUCAAAUUGGAGGGCCUGUUGUCUGGACCUCUGGCAGUCUCUAUGGGGGUGCCACAGGGUUCAAUUCUCGGGCUGACUCUUCUCUGCAUACAUCAAUGAUGUUGCCCUCGUAAAACUGACCAUCCUACCGAUCCUCGACUUCGGCGAUGUCAUUUACAAAAUAGCCUCCAACACUCUACUCAACAAAUUGGAUGCAGUCUAUCCCAGUGCCACCCGUUUUGUCACCAAAACCCCAUAUACUACCCACCAUUGCGACCUGUACGCUCUCGUUGGCUGGCCCUUGUUUCAUACUCGUCGCCAAACCCACUGGCUUCAGGUCAUCUACAAGUCUCUGCUAGGUAAAACCCCGCCUUAUCUCAGCUCACUGGUCACCAUAGCAGCACCCACCUGUAGCACGCGCUCCAGCAGGUAUAUCUCUCUGGUCACCCCCAAAGCCAGUUCCUCCUUUGUCCGCCUUUCCUUUCAGUUCUCUGCUGCCAAUGACUGGAACGAACUGCAAAAAUCACUGAAGCUGGAAACUCAUAUCUCCCUCACUAGCUUUAAGCACCAGCUGUCAGAGCAGCUCACAGAUCACUGCACCUGUACAUAGCCCAUCUGUAAUAUAGCCCACCCAACUACCUCAUCCCCAUACUGUAUUUAUUUAUUAACCUUGCUCCUUUGCACCCCAGUAUCUGUACUUGCACAUUCAUCUUCUGCACAUCAAUCACUCCAGUGUUUAAUUGCUAUAUUGUAAUUACUUCGCCACCAUGGCCUAUUUAUUGCCUUACCUCCCUUAUCUUACCUCAUUUGCACACACUGUAUAUAGAUUUUUUCGACUGUAUUAUUGACUGUAUGUUUGUUUAUUCCAUGUGUAACUCUGUGUUGUAUGUGUCGAACUGUUUUGCUUUAUUCUUGGUCAGGUCACAGUUGUAAAUGAGAACUUGUUCUCAACUAGCCUACCUGGUUAACUAAAGGUGAAAUAAAAAUAAAUUUAAAAAACUCAAUUCUGAUGUCCACCUUGUUAGCGACAGGUGUCGGCAAGCUCCUGAUUCAUUAAUACAUAUGUUUUGGUCCUGUUCUUCUCUACAUAGCUAUUGGUCUGCCAUCUUUGAUACCACAUCUAAACUAUUACAAGUGCCUUUUGCUCCUACUUCCAUAACAUUAUUUGGUGUAUUACCUGAUACUAUAAGACUACCAAAAUACAUAUCUAACUGUGUAGCCUUUGAGUUUGUUGGCAAGAAGGUUUAAUUGACUUGUGUGGAAGUCGCCCUCUCCUCCCUCUGAUUUUGUGUGGAUUAAAGAUGUCUUACAUUUCAGAAGAUAUAAUAUACCCUACGGGGUUCUUCUGACAAAUUCUACCGAAUGUGGCAACCUUUCUUUACCUAUGUAGAGACACUACAAUCUCCCUCUACAGUAAACUGCCUACCUAAGCUUUGUAUUUAAUUGAUCUACCUUAGAAAAAUUAUAAUAAGACAGGCUAAUAUUAAACACUUUGUUUUGAAGACAAUUUUUUUUGUAUUAAGUAAUACUUAAGUUUAUUUUCGUAUGUGCAUAUACAUUCCUACCUCGUUCAAAAAGCAUGAUCCCAUGGUAUAUCGAAUGUAUAAAACCACAUGUGCAAUGUAGUGUAUUUCAACCAUUGUUUACUGUAACUGAAAAACAUUUUUUUUAAAUGCCAGAUUCUGGAAAUCAAUGUGUUUAUUCCACUUAUGUGGAUUUAGAUGAACUCGUGGAUACCAUUUUUAUGUUUGUCUAGUAUGAUGGAAGUUAGCUUGCGAGCUAAUAAUAACUAGCGUUAGCGCGAUGACUGGAAGUCUACCACUAGCUGUGUAGAACUGAACUUCCUUCAUACUGGAUGCAGAGACAUACCAAUUGUAUCCAUGAGUUCAUCUGACUCUGGGUAAGUAGAAAAAAUAUUUAUUUGCCAGAAUCUCGCACUCUUUAACAGUUAGCGAUGGUGUUAUAUUUUUCAGGACUCAAACCAAGGGCAUCGUCCAAAACCACAGGGGGAUAUAUAUAGUCUAACUAUGGCCAUGUUAUUUAAUUACCCCCCUGUGCCUUCUGUCUCUUCUAACUCAUCUCUUCUUCUUCCCUUCG